AGCUCUUCAUAUCCAAAGCUUCUGACUGGUACUGGCUCUGGUUAAAUUCGUGUUCUCAACCUAACAUCUCUGGCGCCAAAAGUAAAUGCAUAAAGCAGAAGCUUCCGAAAUGCAGGAGUAGUAUGGAGGAUACAUUCAUCCAUGGGGGGUUUGGUUCAAUGUCCAGAGAUGGAUUCAGAUUCAGUGACAGCAAAAACCUCACUAUUGAGUUUUAAGGUCAAAUGCUUGUUAAACUGCAAAUGUCUUGCUUUUGCCACAACCAUUUAUUCAGAUGACAGUAUCACCGCCUGUGAAAUUUGGACAUCAAGUGCAAAACUAAAACCAGCAGUCAAUGGCAAAGGCCGCAUGAUUUACAUCCUUCCUUCCAGAGAGAACAAAUGGUGGCUAUGGCUUACCACUGCAGUUGGACUAAUGAUGACCAUACCCGCUUUAUGCUCUGUCUGCUAUAUCAUUUGGAAAAAAUGCACAUCAAAUGAUGAUGAAAAAUAUAGCAAGAGGAUGCUAAUAAAAGGACUGGAUGGUGGUGAAACACCUUCCAUCUCUUUUAGAAAACCAAAAGGCCAUAAAGCAGAUAUAAAUGAGCUGCUUGUUUUCAGCUUUGAAAGCAUUGCCUAUGCUACAAACUAUUUCUCACCUGCAAAUAAGCUAGGUGAGGGCGGCUUUGGACCAGUUUAUAAGGGAAUAUUACAUGAUGGGCAAGAAGUAGCAAUAAAGAGACUCUCCACCAAUUCACGACAAGGAGUAGCAGAGUUCAAGAAUGAGGCUCUACUAAUUGCAAAGCUGCAGCAUACUAAUCUUGUGAGGCUUCUAGGCUUUUGCAUUCAAGGAGAAGAAAAUCUAUUAAUCUAUGAGUAUAUGCCAAACAAAAGCUUGGAUUCGUUUCUGUUUGAUUCCGAUAAGAAGAAAAUAUUGAAUUGGAAGAGAUGUUUCAUCAUCAUUGAAGGGAUUGCUCAAGGGCUACUUUAUCUACAUAAAUAUUCCAGAUUAAGAGUCAUUCAUAAAGACUUAAAGGCUAGCAACAUUUUACUUGACAAUGAAAUGAAUCUGAAAAUAUCAGAUUUUGGGAUGGCUAGAAUAUUUGGACUAAAUGAAUCUGAAGCAAAUACAAACAGAGUUGUUGGAACAUAUGGUUACAUGUCUCCAGAAUAUGUGUUCCAUGGCCUUGUUUCAAUCAAAACUGAUGUAUUUAGCUUUGGAGUUCUACUGCUAGAAGUUGUAACUGGGAGGAAGAAUACUACCCAUUAUCAUCCUAAUUAUCCUCCUAACCUCAUAGGAUAUGUGUGGCAGCUAUGGAAUGAAGGUAGACAACUAGAGUUAAUGGAUCCUAGUAUGGAUGAAAAUUGCCCUCAUGAUGAAAUAUUAAGAUGCAUUCAUAUUGGCCUCUUGUGUGUACAAGACCAUGCCAUAGACCCACCAUGCUUGAUGUUGUGCCCAAACCCUGACCCGACAUUAAAUCCAUUCCUUGACCCAGGUCCUUUCGUGGAAAACCGACUUAACCCGCCAGUCUCGUCCGCAGAUCCGGUGUUGCCGCGAUGCACAGACAGAGGACGGCGUCUUGGCCGUAAUGGCGUUGACAUCUGUAAAUUUCACAAAAAACUUCUCUAUAGUUCUCCGUUGUUUCCCGCGAAAUCCUCUUCUACUCCUUCUCGCGCGGUAGAAUUCCGACGGAAAGCUCAUAAUUUGUCGCUGCCUUAUGCCUUGUCCAACAUGCUUUGCGGCAAAAUCCGACGACAGUAAAUCGUCUUUCAAAUAAAAACGCUCGGAGGAGGCGCGUUGUUUGCACGGCAUUCGCGGUCUCCUCCUUGAUUUUCCGAUUGUAAGUCAUCAGGAUUGAUUGCUCCUGUUAUCCUUAGAACAAUCCCCCACCUAUUAGCAAAGCAUGUGAUUACAUAAAUAUCCAAUACAGAGACUCUAGUCUU